CCCGGCUGCCCGGCCCGCCCUCCUACCUGAGGGCCGGGGCCACCCCCGCGGCGCGCAUGGGGCAUGGAGGCGGCGGCCGGCGCCGGCCGCGGGGCGCCCCCGGGACCCCCGAGAGCCGCCGCCGUCCCAUAUUUCGGCAUUUCGGUGGACCAGGACGACAUCCUCCCGGGCGCCCUGCGCCUCAUCCGGGAGCUGCGGCCGCGCUGGAAGCCCGAACGAGUCCGGACCAAGCGCUUCACUGACGGCAUCACCAACAAGCUGGUGGCCUGCUACGUGGAGGAGGACAUGCGGGACUGUGUGCUGGUCCGAGUCUACGGGGAGCGGACGGAGCUGCUGGUGGACCGCGAGAGCGAGGUCCGGAACUUCCAGCUGCUGCGGGCUCACGGCUGUGCCCCGAAACUCUACUGCACCUUCCAGAAUGGUCUGUGCUAUGAGUACAUGAGGGGCGUGGCCCUGGGGCCAGAGCACAUCCGUGAGCCCCGACUCUUCAGGCUAAUCGCUUUAGAAAUGGCCAAGAUCCACACCAUCCAUGCCAACGGCAGCCUGCCUAAGCCCACCCUCUGGCACAAGAUACACAAUUACUUCGCCCUCGUGAAGAACGAGAUCAGCCCCAGCCUGUCCGCGGACGUCCCUGAGGUCGGCGUGCUGGAGCGGGAGCUGGCCUGGCUGAAGGAGCACCUGCCUCAGCUGGACUCCCCGGUGGUGUUCUGUCACAACGACCUGCUCUGCAAAAACAUCAUCUACGACAGCAGCAAAGGUCAUGUACGGUUCAUCGACUAUGAAUAUGCUGCCUACAACUACCAAGCUUUUGACAUUGGCAACCAUUUCAAUGAGUUUGCAGGUGUGAACGAGGUCGAUUACUCUCGGUACCCGGCGCGGGAGACCCAGCUUCAGUGGCUGCGGUACUACCUGCAGGCCCAGAAGGGGACGGCUGUGACCCCCAGAGAGGUGGAGAGGCUCUACGUGCAAGUCAACAAGUUUGCUCUGGCGUCUCACUUCCUCUGGGCACUCUGGGCCCUCAUCCAGAACCAGUUCUCCACCAUCGACUUUGAUUUCCUCAGGUAUGCAGUGAUCCGAUUCAACCAGUAUUUCAAGGUGAAGCCUCAAGUGUCGGCCCUGGAGAUGCCAAAGUGACCACCCUUCCCAGUCCUCCCCCGUCUGCCUGGCCAGACCUGCUCUCCAGGGCCCGGCUCUGCUCUGGGGUCUACACCUUGGACAAGGUGGGCAAGGGGCCGGGGGGUGUCCCUGCCAAGAGCACUCUGCCCCUGUCCCCAGCCCUGAGAGAUGCUUCUGGUGACCGAUUUUGUUUGGAUGGGCUGGUAGAACCCAGCCCUGAGGGUCCUCUCCACCUCGCCAGACUUGGUGACGGGGAGUGCCUGAAGCCAGGCAGGGCUGGGACUCAACCACCCUGGGAGGCCCAGCCUUCCCACCCCGGCUAUUCUGAGUCUGGGCUCAGACCUCAACCACCCUGGGAAGCCCAGCCUUCCCAUCCCGGCCAUCCUGAGUCUGGGCUGGAACUCAACCACCCUGGGAAGCCCAGCCUUCCCAUCCCAGCCAUCCUGAGUCUGGGCUGCCCUGGGAAGCCCAACCUUCCCCUCCCCGCCAUCCUGAGUCUGGGCUGGGACUCAACCACCCUGGGAAGCCCAGCCUUCCCAUCCCGGCCAUCCCGAGUCUGGGCUGCCUUCGUGUCUUUGACCUUCCUGGCCUGGGGAAGGGGGAUGGUGGAAGGGCUCCUUUCUACCUCCAGGGCCCCGAGCCUCCAGCCUGUCUACCCCUGCGUGCCCCAUGUGGGAGGUGCUGGGUCCAGACGAGUAUCCUGCCAACUCUGACC